AUGGUGAAGAAGAAAAAGAUGGUGAAGAAGAAAAAGAUGGUGAAGAAGAAAAAGAUGGUGAAGAAGAAAAAGAUGGUGAAGAAAAAGAUGGUGAAGGUGUGAAAGUGGGAGUUGACAUUUGUAAAUUUUCACUUUCAUUUGAAUUUGGUGAUAAUAAGGUAGUAUGCCCAGAAACUUUAGUUUGCUCUUUCCAUUCUUUGGUUGCCAAAGCAGAUACAAAAUCUACUCUUUUUCCUGGAUUAAAUAAAAAAUAUGGUCGUGAUGGUGUAUAUGAAUUAAAUAUUGCUGGCAAUAGACAAAUUGUAAUUACUCGCACUGAAUAUAUCGAAAACCUUUUAUCAUCAUCUCAUACCAGUAGACAUAUGAGAACUGCUAAUAAUGGUCUUUUAGAUUUAUUUGAUCUUGAUAAUAAAGGUGUAGGACUUAAUCAUGAUUACAAUCAUUGGAAAUUUAAUCGUCACAUUUUUUUGACGGCUAUGAUGCCCUUAACUCAUUCUCCCAAGCCUAGUAAUUUUGUAAAUAUUUUAUUUGAAGAAAUGUCAAAUUAUUGGAUUGAUUUGAAACAAAAAGAUGAUGUAAUAACUAUUGAUAUAGCAACUUGGAUUCGUCGAUUUACAUGUGAUUUUAUAUCCCUUUUGACGACCGAGAAACAAGCUAAUACAAUUCAUUAUUAUUAUCGUAAAUUAAAGAAUGAAGCAAUUACAAAAGAGAUGAUUGAAUCCGAAGAAUUUAUUGAAAGUAUAAACGUUUUUGUAUCAGAUAAUCAAUUCGUAUUUGUACCGAAACUUAUAAAAGAUUUACCUUUUAUUAAAAAUCGAGUAAAGAGAUUGUUGGAUAAUAAUCAUUUCUUUUAUAAAAGAUUGGAAGAAAUCGUCAGAAGAAAAAGAAAAGAAAUCGAAUAUAAUAAUAAUUCUGAUUUUAAAUCAAAACAACUUGAUCUAUUAACUUCUUUAAUUAUAACUAAUACUCCAAACGAUCCUCAACCUCAAAAAAAUGUUGAUCCUUCGUUAUUAAGACCAAUGACUGAUGCAGAAAUACGAGGUGUUAUGUUUGAUGCUUUUGUGGCUGGUACAGAUACGACUGUGAAUACUUUUUGUUUUGUAAUAUAUUACAUUUCACAUAAUCCAAGUGUUAAAAAGAAAUUGUUGGAAGAGAUCAAAUCAGUUUUCAAUGAUGAUCCAAACAGACAAGUAACAAUUGACGAUCUUGAAAAAUUAAAAUAUUGCGAAGCAAUAAUUAAAGAAACAUCGAGAAUAAGACCUACAGUUAGUAUGAUUUCAAGAUAUAUUGCAAUGAUUGAAUUGAAAACAUUGAUAACUUUACUUUAUAGAAAGUUUGAUGUUGGAUUAGUAGAUAUGCAAGCUCCCCUUAAUGUUGAAACAUCAACAAUCACCAUCUGUAAAGAAUUAAACAUCAAACUUAUUCCUAGAGAAUUAAAAACUAAUUCAUAA